UCAAAGUUUUCCAACAUGGGACGUAUGGGCGAACCAAAGGAUACGGAUAAAACCGCAGAAAAGCUGGCAGAGGCUCGGAAGUGGAAAGAGGAAGGCAACGCCGGCUACAAAUUAGAAAAGUUUGAGGAUGCGUUAUCUUCGUACACGAAAGCCAUUAAGUCUUGUCCAAGCGGACACCCCGAGAGGGCAGUAUACUACAAGAAUCGCUCUGCAUGUUACUUGAAACUGCUGAACUAUGAAAAAGCCGCUCAGGAUGCUAGCGCUGCCCUGGAUGUCACCCCUAAUGAUACCAAAGCACUGUUCAGGAAAUGCCAAGCCCUUGAGCAGCUAGGAAAGAUGGAGGAAGCCUUCAAGGAUGCCCACAGACUGAAUCAGCUGGACCCUGGGAACGGAGCUGUUCAGGGGAUGCUGAGACGACUCAAUGCAGUGGUCUCUGAAAAGGCCAAAAAUCUUUCCACAACCGACAGUAAAGUGUCCCAAAUGUUUACAGCACUGCUGGAUGAGACGUCCGAUAUCGAAAGAAGACAACAGGCAGCCAACAACCUGAUUGUCUUAGCGAGGGAGCCAGCCGGAGCGGAGAGGAUCUUUGCAGAGGGAGCUGUGUCUAAGAUUCAGCAUAUACUGAGCAGUAAUCAUAAGGAGUUGAUCUUGGCUGGACUGAGGGUCUUAAGCUGCUUGUGCAGGGGGCACAGAUCAAGGGCAAACGCCGUCCUGAAAGAUUUCUCCCUGCCGUCUCUUGCCAAGUACAUCUCAUCACAGACAGAGGAGAUUGCAAAUGCUGCCGCCAACAUUCUUCUGACUGCCAUACAGGCUAUGCUUGGGCAAGACACUCGGGAGGCAAGGCAUGCUGAAGAAGCUCUCGUCCAAGAUGUGAGCCAAGAAUUCAAGUCACUCUUGAUGUUCCUGCUGGGUCUGCUGACAGACAAGACAGUCUCUGGUUACGGCCGAGAUGCUACAAUCGACAUCAUCAUUGAGUUUGUUCCUAAGCAGACUGGGGUCGGAAGGGCAUUGGCAUUCUUGACAAAUGGAGGUUUGACCAAACUAUUGACAGUGGCGGGUCAGGUACCAGAGCUAAAACGGUUACCGAUAACGGUAAACACUCGUAUGCACUCAGCUGUUGCAUUAUCAAAGCUCUACGAUGAAAUGAGCAACGACAAGAACAGGAAGUACUACGAUGAAUUGUGCGAUAAAUUUGUCACGGAGAAGUUCCACGUGAACUCGAUGGAAUCCAACAUGGAGGCCAUUGGAGCAAUCACCACAUUGCUUCAGGGUCCAUUUGAAGUCGGCAACAGUCUCAUCGGAAGAGAAGGCGUCAUCCAGGUUAUGGUUGCCAUGGCGGCAAGUAAUGACAUGCUCCACCAGAAAGUGGCUCUUGAAGCCAUCGCCCAGGCAGCCAGCAAGAAGGACCGUUGCACCGGUAUUUUAGAAUCGGGCAUCGGUAUCAUCAAGGAGUGCUAUAAGUCCCCGAAUGAUAACAUUAAAGUACGAGCCCUUGUGGGAAUGUGUAAGCUCGGAGCUGCAGGUGGAACUGAUUCCAGCGCGAGGCUCUUUGCGGAUGGGUCAACGGUCAAACUUGCCAAAGAAGUGAAAAAAUUCCUUGUCAAUCCAAAGAAGGACCAUGAUCUAAGGAAGUGGGCAGCGGAAGGUUUGUCCUUUCUCUCUCUUGAUGGUGAUGUAAAGGAGAACAUCAUCAACGACCCAACGGCAAUACAGGCUCUCAUUGAGCUAGCAAAGAGCGGGGACAAGACAGUGCUGUACAGUGUGGCAUCAGUCUUUGUCAAUCUGACCAACAGCUAUGAUGUAGAGAAACUUGAACCAGAGAUGGUUAAACUGGCACAGUACGCAAAGCAACACAUUCCUGAACCUCAUCCAAAGGAUAGCAAAGAAUACCUGCAGGAGAGACUCCGGAAGCUUCUGAAGGAAGGUGUGGUCACCGCUCUCGUCAUCCUAGCCAAGGCAGAGAGCGAGAACUGCAGAGAGUUGGUUGCAAGGGUGUACCUCACCUUGACCGAAGGCAAAGAUGACCGUGGACUGAUUGUGCAGCAAGGUGGUGCUAAAUCCCUGAUACCUCUAGCCAACAAUGGGACGCUAGAGGGAAAGACUAGGGCUGCUCAGGCCCUUGCUAGGAUCGGUAUCACUAUUAAUCCAGAACUCGCAUUCCCAGGACAGAGGUGCCUGGAGGCGGUGCGACCACUCAUGUCCCUCCUCCAUGUUGAUCGGACUGGGCUGCAGAACUUUGAAGCCCUGAUGGCUCUGACUAACUUGGCAGGAAUCAGCGAGUCAGUGAGAAACCGAAUCAUGAAAGAGAAAGGUUUUCCUCAGAUUGAGAACUACAUGUUUGAGGAUCAUGACAUGAUUAAAAGAGCAGCUACUGAGUGUAUGUGCAAUUUGGUCGUCAGUGAAGAGGCUGCGGGGAAGUUUCUCGGUGAGAAUGACAGGGUUAAGCUUCUCGUUCUGUACUGCGCUGAGGAAGAUGAAGCGCUAGCCAAGGCAGCCUCGGGCACCCUGGCCUACUUAUCACAGACUGAAGAAGUCUGCAAUAAGAUCUUGCAGGUCAAAGCAUGGCUGGAAAUCCUCCAGGGCCUUUGCGCGAGCGAAAAUCCCGACAUACGUAUGCGCGCCGUCCACAUCGUGAUGAACAUCGUUGAGAGCAACAAGGAGAAUGCCACCACCACCAUAGAGACAAAUCUUCUGGAGAUCCUGAUGGCAUUCACUAAGGAUAACAACCCAGUCAUGGAGGGGGUCAAGAAGAGGGCGGAGAGCGCCCUCAAGAGGGCCGCUGAGUUGGAGCUUAUCAAGCCGGCUGAGUAAAGCACAUCUCAACAAGAUAUGACUUGUGGUUUACUUGCAGAUGAUUUUACAUGCGAAGAGAAAUUUUUCUUUUCUGAGCCUAUUAGUCCGGUUCAUACUUCCUGCGAAUGCGCAUGCAAAGCAAAUUUGACGUGAA